UCCCUCGCUCCCUCUCCCCCCUUCUCUCUCUCUCUCCACCUUCUCUCCCCUCCCCUAUCAUAUGCUCCUCCCCCUCCUCCAGCCAUCGUCUUCCCUGCAGCGCACAGACGAGGCACACCCACCGAAACACCAUAAAAUAGUGCUUGUUGAUUGAUCUCCACGGGCACCCAUCUCUCUCUCAUCAUCAUACUACCAUAUGAAAAAUAUUUCUCGCCAACCUAGAGUGUUUCCCUAACAGCUAGCUCCCGCUCUCUCUCUCCUGUUCGAUCUCUUUCUCACUCUUAGCGCCGCCGCCGCCGCCACCACCGCCGUCCCCACAUCACCUACCCAGCUGAGCAAAACCCCACAAGAACAGCUCGAUACGUCAUCGAACCCACCGCUCAACUUCCCCCAACCAAAAGACAGCACCGUGUAUUCUUGCGUGUAUAUGUCCAUGGCCUAAUCGAGACCAUGGACGUUACCGGGGACGCCGGUGGAGGUCGCCGCCCCAACUCCCCCCUGCAGCUCCUCGAAAAGAAGGAGGAACAUCCGUGCUCCAUCUCCCCGGCUGCUGGGCUCGGGACGAAUGGGUCGGCGACGGGGGAGCUGCAGGUGCGGAAGGCGGCGCCGCCUAAGCGGACCACGAGCAAGGACCGGCAUACGAAGGUGGACGGCCGCGGCCGCCGCAUCCGGAUGCCGGCGAUCUGCGCGGCGCGGGUGUUCCAGCUGACGCGGGAGCUGGGGCACAAGACGGACGGCGAGACCAUCGAGUGGCUCCUGCAGCAGGCGGAGCCCGCUGUGAUCGCGGCAACCGGCACAGGCACCAUCCCGGCCAACUUCACCUCUCUCAACAUCUCCCUCCGCUCCUCCGGCUCCAUGCUCUCCACCAUACCUGCCCACCUCCGCGCCGCCGGCCUGCCCGGCUCUCGUUUUGGAGGUGGCGCACGGGCUGACGCGUGGGACCGCUUCGUCGGUCUCGGGUUCGGCGGCGGCCUCGAGAGCCCGGCAUCCACCACCACCUCCUCGUCGUCCCCGCUGCUGCUGAGCUUCCACUCUGGAAGCGUCGGCCUCGACGUUUCGCCAUCGUCGGCGACGGCCGCGGCCAACACGGAACUGUCCAGGAAGCGGCGUUGGGAGCAAGAAAUGCAGCAGCAGCGACACCAACAGCAACAGCAACAACAGUACCAGCAGCAGAUGGCCGGGUACACGCAGAGCCAAAUGCCGGGCACUGUGUGGAUGGUGCCGACGAGCCACGCCCAGGGCGCCGGAGCGGCGCCUGCCGGUGGCGGCGAGUCGAUCUGGACGUUCCCGCAACCCGGAAGCGGCGGCGGCGGCUCGGCGACCGUGUACCGCGGCGUGCCGAGCGGGCUACAUUUCAUGAACAUCCCCGCGCCGAUGGCAGUGCACGCGCAGCAGCUGGGGCUCGGCCAGGCCGGCGGAGGUGGAUCAGCAGCAGCGGGCGAGGGGCACAUGGGGAUCCUCGCCGCGCUCAACGCGUACCGCGGGCAGCAUGCAUCCGCGUUGGAGGUCACCGUGGCGGGGCACAAUGGAGCAGCUGAAGGGACUACUCACCAUCAACAUCAGAACCAGCAUCAACAUCUGCAGCACGGGGGUGGCGAGCCGAACGAGAGCAUGAGCACCAGCGACUCGUAGGGCUUCGUGACCGCUGCUAGGAGUAAGCUGCCAACGAGACGGAGCCAAUGACGACAUGAUAGGCCACAGAGGCGAGGCGGAGGCUUGAUUUGUUGAGGUGCGGGGUGGUCGCCGACGUGGAGGACGAUGGGGUUUGGCGGGAAGGUCGGAAGGCGGUGGAGGCUUGACUUGUUCAGGUGCCGGGGUGUGUGGGUUGUAGGAUGGUCGCCGGCGUGGAGAACAGUGGGAUUUAGAGGGAAGGCCGGGAUGGCGGCGGCAGAUUGAUGCCGUCCACAGGUAUCCAUGACAAAAGUGGUCGGGCCAACGUUGGAGGGUGGCACUUCUGAGGGAAGAAGAAGGCAUCUCUACCGUUGGAUGGAGAUCAGACGACAGAGGAAAAAGUGAUUGAUUGAACUAUUUAUUAGUUCCCUUUGUAAUUUGUGCUAAAUU